GCAAUCGCUACAAUAUAUAUCGCAGAGAUCUUUGCAGUCUAGCUCGGCAGUCAUGCGUUUUGCUUUCAGUACAUUUUGGCGGCAAAAAAGCCCGCCAAAAGUUAGCAGACGCGCUCAACAGACGCGCGCCGGGGACUGUAGAAAACAAGUCGCUCAGAAAUAAAAAAGAAAACUUGCAGAACUUGCGACUAGAUUAGCUUACUGAGUGCUAGCUGAUCUUUGCAUUAUUAAAUUGAUUUUCAAACAAGAUGUUAUGUGGAAAUAGAACUGUACAAUCCUGGCCCUUGGAUAAAUAUGCUAAGUUUAUUAUGACAGGCACAAACCAAGGACAACAGACAAAAGAUCAGGGUCACUGGAAGCAAUUUUUGCCCGCCGAAGAUGGAUCUAGCAAUUUACAAGUGUCUCUACUAGAAUCAAACAUGGUCGUAAGCGAUGGAAAAGUUAUUCACGAAAGUUUCUCUUUAUUUAAUGCCAACAAGUGGUUGAGAGCUGUGGUUAAAGGUGACAGUAUGCUGUUCAUGUACAAGAUGAACAACGACUGCCGAAGAUUCAGAGUGAAAUUCAGCAAAACCUCUGACCGAUCAGCGAUGGAAAACUGCCGUCAUUUCAUUUCCGCCGUCUCUCCCCGAAUCCCCGUGCGAGAGAUGCCAGUAGCUGCGGGACCCGAGUCCGACUCCCAGAUGCAGAUGGAGGAUUCACAGGUUAUUUCUCCCGACUCGCAGCAAGUCAGUAGAGGAACCACACGCGGGGCCGGCUGCAGCUCUAUAGCAAGCGCUGCUGCGAGUGGAUUGACACUGUCUGACUUAGCGCAGAAGGUUACUUCAUCAGAGUCACACAGGGAUACCAACCAGUCCAGUAGCCAUAUUGAUAUACCACAGGAUCAGCUAAGUCUGAUGAUAAGACUUUGUUUAACCGACAGUAACUUCCCUGCCUUUGUUGAGGCUGUUGAAAAGGAGCUGACAAACUUGACCUCUUCGGAAUAAAACUAAACGUUUGAGUGUUGCAUUCUCCGUGUUUUACAUAAGCUAAGUG